AUGUGCAAGAGCUCUGGAUUACUCAGAUAUUCAGAAGAUUUUGAACUUGAGGUCACCAAUUGGCAUCUAGAGCUGGUCCCUGCAAAGGAAUGUGACGGGCAUCUCAUCUGAAUGAAAAGAGCCGAGGCUUGGGUACCAACCCCACAACUUACCAACAAGAGAGCCAGCUGUUGCCUGGGAAUAACUCCACCAACGAGUGUAACAUUCCAGGAAACUUCAUGUGCACCAAUGGACGUUGCAUCCCUGGGGCCUGGCAGUGUGAUGGGCUACCAGACUGCUUUGAUGAGAGCGAUGAGAAGGAAUGCCCCAAGGCCAAGUCCAAGUGUGGACCGACUUUCUUCCCUUGUGCCAGUGGCAUCCACUGUAUCAUAGGCCGCUUCCGAUGCAACGGAUUUGAGGACUGUCCAGAUGGCAGCGACGAAGAAAACUGCACUGCAAACCCCCUCCUGUGCUCCACAGCCCGCUUCCAUUGCAAAAAUGGCCUCUGCAUCGACAAGAGCUUCGUGUGCGAUGGAGAGGAUAAUUGUCAGGACAACAGCGAUGAGGAGAACUGUGAGAACUCUCAAGAGGCAGGCAGCGGGCAGGUCUACGUGACGCCAGAGAACCAGCUGCUCUACUACCCCAGCAUCACCUACGCCAUCAUUGGCAGCUCCGUCAUCUUCGUGCUGGUGGUGGCCCUCCUCGCCCUCGUGUUGCAUCACCAGCGGAAAAGAAACAACCUGAUGACGCUGCCCGUGCACAGGCUGCAGCAUCCUGUGCUUCUGUCCCGCCUCGUAGUUCUCGACCACCCGCAUCGUUGCAGCGUCACCUACAAUGUCAACAAUGGCAUCCAGUAUGUGUCCAAUCAGGUCUACCACAAUUCCCUGGACUUGGACUCCCCUCCCUCCUACUCAGAAGCUGUGCUGGACCAAAGCAGACCCCCGUGGUUUGACCUCCCUCCUCCCCCUUAUUCUUCAGAAGGUGACUCCUUGAGUCAGACAGAGCUGCCCCCCUACCGCUCCCGGGCCGGGAGCGCGGCAAGCUGCAGCCCCGCAGCAGAUGGUGGCCUUCUCAGUGUCGCCAGCAGUCAGCCCCAGGAUGGCAGCAGCGACCCUGAGCACCCUCAUCCAUCUUCGGAGAGAACACCAGAGCCAAGUGACUCACUGCUCCGCUCAGGCACGCUGGGGGGCCGAUAAAAGUCCAGUCUUUUUUUAAAGUCCACAUGGGUUAAUCUGCUGUGGCUUGUUACCAUUUUGCCAUCUUUGUGCUUGUGGUUGGCCUUUGGUCCUUAGACGAUCACAAGGGGAUGGAUCAGAGGGACUUGGAGGAGGAAGAUGGGGCAUUUUUCCAAGGAUCCCAAUUGAUAAGAUUUGUAUUUUGCCAUUCGGUUACUGUUGCAUUAUUUCCUCAGGCUCCCAUGAUCAUAAGACUCCCUAUUCAUGAUGCUUCUGUGGCUCCCCCUACCCUCUCUGUCUCUCCCCUUUUUCCUCUCUUCUCUGUCUCUGUCCUUCCUCCCUCUCUCUGUCUCUCCUC